AUGAAUGAUGAAGAGAAUACAAAAGGAAUCAAAAAACUUGAGACAUUUUUUCAACCGAGUUCAUUAACAACUUCUUGUCAAGAAUCUUACACUUCAGCAUCCUUAUCAUUAUGCCCCUCUUCAAUUAUUAUACCAGAUUCAUCUUUGUUAUCAACUGAAAAUUUACGGGGUUAUAUGGCUAAAUGCAUUCGGAUAUGGGGAAAUUAUUUUAUAAAGAUAGGAGAGCUUCUUCCUUACUGCCAAAGUAAACAUACCAAACUCGAAAGCUUAAUUGAUGACGAGGAUUUUAGUGAAGAUUCAUAUAUUAAGGAUACACUAUUUCCAAAAUUGAUUGGUCAUAUCAAAGAAGACACUAUAUCAGAGAGGACGUGUAGAAAUUAUAUGUAUUCAUGGGGUUUUAAAUAUGAUGAGAGAAGAAAGUGUAUUUUCUUUGACAGUCAUGAGAGACCAGAUAUGGUGCUCAAUUUAGAGGAGAAAGAAUACGUUCAAAUAACACAUGAUGAGUGUUAUUUCUAUACUAACGAUGAGUGGCGACGAAUUUGGAUUCAGAAAGGCGAAAAUAUUUUGCACCCAAAACAUCUGAGACAUUCUAUAAUAGUCUCUGCUUUUUUGUGCCCUUGUUAUGGACUAUUACGCCUAACUGACCAACAGCUAUAUGAAAAUCUGUAUAUUAAAGAUAAAGAAACAUUUGUGAUUCGUUCUGUUCAGGUAGAUGGAUAUUGGAAAGCAGAGCAUAUGCUUGAACAGCUUGUAAAUAAAGUAAUCCCAGUAUUUGAAAUAUUGCAUUUUGGGUGUAUUGGUAUAUUUUGCUUCGAUCAAUCUACUAAUCAUAAUGCUAUAGCAGAGGAUGCACUAAUCACAAAAAGAAUGAACUUGAGUUCUGGAAAGAAACAACUAGAGGAGUUAAGAGACAAGCAAAAAGGUUUGAGGCAAGUGCUUGAAGAGCGAAAACUCUGGCCUGCAGAAAAGGGUUUUACAAAACAAGAAGCAAGAAGAUUAUGUAAUUAUAAUUAUAAGGAUUUAGUAAAUCUUGUUCCAGAAGUUCUUAAGAGGCUAAAAGGUGUAGCUGCUGAGUGGGCUGUUAAUCAGUAUAAAUCACAUCGUCGAAUCCCGAAGAAUAUUGAGCAAAUGAUGGAAUGA